GAGAGAGGAAUAACUGAGGAGAGAGAAAAGGUCUGAAAAGUGGGCUCAUUAUUGCCACGUGUCCAUUUCUGGAUGGGUCAAUGCAUAUCCUAGAUAGAGUAUCGAAUGCACCUAAUAUUUUCUCAUCCUGCUCCAUAAAUAUACACACAACCUUCUCGGAAGCUCACCAAAGCCAGCCAUACCCACAAACUCUAAAGGGGCAGAAUUCAUUUAUCUGUUUCUGUGGUGUCGUUGGUCAUUAACUUGCGCAUGGAAGCUAAAAUCAUAUCCAGUGGCACUCGGUUCACGACGUUGCCGAGAAGCUACGUGAGAUCAGAAUCCGAUCGUCCUCGCCUCUCCGAAGUGUCUGCCUUUGAACAUGUCCCAAUCAUCGACUUGGGUUGUGAUGACAGAUCCCAAGUCGUUCACCAAAUUGGCGAUGCUUGCAGAUUUUACGGUUUUUUCCAGGUGAUCAACCAUGGAGUGUCGACAGAAGCGGUGGAGAGGUUGCAAGAGGUGGCGGGAGAGUUCUUCCGCCUGCCGGUAGAAGAGAAAAUGAAACUUUAUUCGGAGGAUCCUACGAAGACGGUGAGACUGUCCACCAGUUUCAAUGUGACGAAAGAGAAGGUUCACAACUGGAGAGACUAUCUCAGGCUCCAUUGUCACCCGCUUGACAAGUAUACCGAAGAGUGGCCCUCCAAUCCUCCUACGUUCAAGGAGUUUGUGAGCAACUACUGUCGAGAAGUGCGAGGUCUUGGGUACAGACUCGAAGAGCUGAUCUCGGAGAGCCUAGGGUUGGAGAAGGACACCAUAAGGAACAUCCUAGGAGAACAAGGACAACACAUGGCCGUCAAUUUCUACCCACCAUGCCCAGAGCCAGAGCUCACGUACGGUCUCCCAGGCCACACUGACCCAAAUGCACUCACCAUUCUACUUCAAGAUCUACAUGUCGCAGGCCUUCAGGUCCUCAAAGAUGGCAAGUGGCUCGCCAUUAAUCCUCACCCUAAUGCCUUUGUCAUCAACGUCGGUGACCAAUUACAGGCAUUGAGUAAUGGGAGGUACAAAAGUGUGUGGCACCGAGCCGUAGUGAACACUGACAAACCAAGAAUGUCGCUCGCGUCGUUCCUUUGCCCGAGCGACGAUGCAAUGAUUAGCUCACCGGUAUCGCUCCUAGAAGACGGGCAUGGGCCCAUUUAUCGGGACUUCACAUAUGCAGAGUACUACAAGAAGUUCUGGAGCAGAAACUUGGAUCAAGAACACUGUCUUGAGCUCUUCAAGAACCAAGCCUAAAUGGCUUGAAUUUAUUUGUAAUUUAAUCUGAACCUUUCUUCUUGUUUCACUUGUCAUAAAACUAAUAAGAAGGAAUAAAAAUUCCUAAAGGCAUAGACUAUUUCAUAUUUUAUAUAAAAGUUUACCCUACUUUCCCG